AGGACUCUACAAUAAAAAAGUAAGCCAGCAAGUAUUGAUAAAAUGACAAUAUAAACCAUAAUUUCAUCAAUGUCCCAAAGUGGUCCUUCUUUGCAACUGUGACAGCUUGGAUUUGUAUGUGAUUUGGGCACCUUAACUAUUUUGUGAAUUAAUCUUAGCAUUAUAUUAGAGGAUGAAGAAGGAUAGAAGGUGCAAAUUGCUACACCUCACAGAUGUUCAGUCAAAUAUAGAUUUAACAUUGUUUGAUUUGAUUUACAAUAAUGUUUUUCUUUUUUGUUUAUUUGUUUACAAUCUGUUUAUUGUUUCAGAUUGUGUGGCUUAUCUUUGUUGUGGAGUUUAAGCUGCUGUUUUGUUUUGUUGAGAUGGAGGGGGGAUAGAGUAGGUUUAGCCAUUUAGGAAUAUUCAGUUUUUCUUGGUUCUGAUACUUAUUGUCAUUGUUCGAUGCAAAUUUCUGUGAAUCAUCGUGUAGCUUUCUCCAUCUUAAUUAGACCUUUUUGAUUUUGCUUAUUUGUAGUUUCUUUUUUUACUUUUUGUGAACAAUGUUCCUUGGAAAAGUGUUCAUUUGUAUUAAUUUUUGAGAUCCUUUAUUCCACAUUGUUUUCAAACACAUCUCUUCAGGUUUGAUCAGCCUACGAAAAUAAGAAUUAUAGCCUUCAUUUUGGGUUCCACGCUGAAACUCUCUAACUAUGGAAAGCUAAUGAUUUUAUCCUUGUUCAAAGGAAUUGGGAAUGCCCUUAUGCAUGUUCCAGAAGUUGGCUCUUUGUUGUUCACUUUUCUUAUGCAAUACUAUGAAAAACUCAGUCUGUCGUGUCCAAAAUUGUCAGACAAUGAAAUUCAGAUAACGUGCCUUUUGCUGGAGAGCUGUGUUAUGUCAUCUCCCUCUGGUGGAAAUGAUCUACAAGAUCUUUUAGUGAAAGCAUUGCGGUUUGGGGGCCUGAAUUCGGAUGACCCUGCCUGUGUAAAGCCUUGUAUCGCUAUUUUGAACAAACUCAACAGUAAAUUCUAUGUGGACUUGAAGAAUGAAGUGAAGGAGCAUUUGUUUUGUGAGCUUGUGUUUCUGUGGCGUAAUGGUAAUGGUGAUGUACAACGUGCAACUAAAGAGGCAUUAAUGCGUAUAGAUAUUGUGUGGCUUAUCUUUGUUGUGGAGUUUAAGCUGCUGUUUUGUUUUGUUGAGAUGGAGGGGGGAUAG